AUGUCCCGCCUACCAUGUAGAAUUCCUGGAUGUCUUCGGACCUUUAGAAAGGCUGGUGACUUGACCAAGCACGUUAAUAGUGCACACCGGAAUUACUUGGUCACACCUAUAACAACUUCUCGCAAUCCAUCUCCGUCUCUGGAUGUUGACUCCUUUAAUGCACCAACAAGUCCUCCAUUACCUGAGCUAUCUCUCCCUCCACCGCCUAUCAGCCAGAAAAAAUAUCAUCCAUAUCUUACAGGGGAAAUAUGCGAUGAAGAGGGGAAAUUCAUUCCUUCAAAUACCCCUCCACCUCCACAACCUACUAAAGAAAACGCAUGGGCUCCCUUUGGUGGUGAAGCUCAGUUCCGAUUGGCGGAUCUUCUCUUCAAGAACGUUGAGAUGUCUCAAGGAAAUAUCAAUGAGCUUCUCGAUAUCUGGACUCUGUACCAACGUCAAACAACAAGUGGAGAUGACUCGCAUAGUACUGGCGCUCCCUUCGACACUCAUGAUGAUAUGUACAAUAUAAUCGACUCAAUCGUUGAUGGGGGUGCUUCAUGGAGAUGUUUUCAGACAGUUGUAGAUGAUCAGUUACGACCAGAUGCUCCGGAAUGGCAAAAGACUUCAUAUCAGGUCUGGUAUCGAGAUCCCGAGACAGUUAUUGCCAACAUACUUGGAAAUCCAGAAUUCAGCCAGGACUUCAACCCCGCACCUUAUGUUCACCUGGGUAGCAAUGGCACGAGACGUUGGGCUGAUUUCAUGUCUGGGAAUUUUGCAUGGAGGCAUGCAACGCAAAUCCAUGAGGAGGACACUGAAGGCUGUACCAACGGUUCUAUGAUAGUUCCGAUAAUACUCGGGGCCGAUAAAACUACAGUCUCUGUUGCAACAGGUCAUGUUGAAUAUCAUCCCCUCUACCUCUCUGUUGGUAAUGUCACUAAUGGUGCACGACGAGCUCAUCGCAAUGCUGUCAUUCCCAUUGGUUUCUUGGCAAUUCCAAAAUCUGAUCGAAAGUACGACAAGGACCAUAAUUUCCGCAUUUUCAGAAAGAAACUCUAUCAUAUCUCAAUAGCCGCUAUCCUUCGGUCUCUCAAACCUGGUAUGAAAGUGCCAGUUGUGAUACGGUGCCCAGAUGGGCAUUUUCGGCGUGCAAUAUAUGAUCUAGCGGCAUUCAUAGCGGACUAUCCAGAACAGGUUUAUUUGGCUGGCCCAGGAAAUCGUCGAACCAGAGGAUUAGAUCAAAUUUUGCGAGAAGAAUAUGGAGGAGAAGGACGCACACUGUGGGACAAUUUUGGGAUGGAUGAACAUGUUAAACCUUUCACAGAAUACUUCCCAAGAGCUGAUAUUCAUGAGAUGCUGUCGCCUGACAUCUUGCACCAAAUCAUUAAAGGAUGCUUCAAGGAUAUGUUGGUUGAAUGGGUGAUCGAGUACUUGAAAAUUGAACAUGGCGAGACCCAAGCGGAUGUGAUUUUAGAUGAUAUAGACCGACGACUUGCAACUGUUCCUGCUUUCCCUGGGUUACGCCGCUUCCCUCAUGGCCGAAGGUUCAAACAGUGGACAGGAGAUGACUCCAAAGCGUUAAUGAAGAUUUUUCUACCCGCCAUUGCUGAAUACCUUCCUGAGGACAUGACGAAGUGUAUUGCUUCAUUUUUGGACUUCUGUUAUCUGGUUCGGCGCUCCGAUAUCGAUGAAACAGCUUUAAAAUCAAUCGAGAACGCAAUUGCAACCUUCAAUCAUUACCGUGAUAUCUUUCAAACUUCUGGUGUUCGGGAACAUUUCUCGAUCCCGCGAUUGCACUCUAUGGUUCAUUACCCUUUCUCGAUCAUGGAAUUCGCUUCCCUCAAUGGCCUCUGCUCAUCCAUCACAGAAUCCCGACAUAUCACAGCCGUCAAAAAGCCUUGGCGCCGCUCAAAUCGCUAUAAUGCCCUCAGCCAAAUGCUUUUGACAAACCAACGCCUUGACAAAUUAUCGGCAUUACGUUCGCAGCUCGUGGAGAAUCACCUUCUACUUCCCUCUCGAAGAGCUCUACCUGCACCAUUUGAUCCUGAGAAUGAAGACGUUGGUCCAGUAGAUAGUGGGCGGGCUCAAGCAGAUGUCAAGCUAGCUAAAACUCGGGAAACUCAGUAUCCCCGUUAUAUGGCCGAGCUUGCAAUCUAUAUCCAACAGCCUGCACUUGAAUACCUAACACGGCAACUUCUACAUGAUCAAUUGGAACUGGCAGAUGAUUCGAGUGCUUCUUCCACCUCUAAUUCUGAAUCUGAUCUUCCCGAAAUCACCUCGAAGAUCAACGUCUAUCAUUCUGCCGUUGCUGUAUUUUUUGCCCCAAGUGAUGACUCUGGUAUUAGAGGAAUGAAGCAGGAGCGCAUUCGCUGUACUCCGUCAUGGUAUGGUGUUGAAAGACGGGACUGUGUUCUGGUUACUGUCGAUGAGGACAAACCCGGGUUUCGGGGCAUGAGUGCAGCACAUGUGCUUCUCUUGUUCUCAUUUCGGCAUGAAGGAAUCACAUAUCCCUGUGCUCUCGUACAUUGGUAUAACACCUACGGCCGGCGACAUGACUCCAAAACUGGCCUUUGGAUGGUUCGGCCUGCAUUUAGGGACCAAGCAGGCCGGAAUCCUUGUCUCGCAGUCAUACACCUGGAUACGUUGAUCCGCGCCGUCCAUCUCAUUCCUGUAUAUGGCUCACAUCCCUUGCCUUCAGAGUUGCAAUUUCAUCAGUCACUUCAAGCGUUCAAAUUGUUCUAUGUAAACAAAUAUGCAGACUAUCAUGCUAAUGAAAUCUUGAGUUGA